AUGGACCUCGACGCCCUUCUCCAUGACUGGAGACGGGAACGAGACCUCAACCGCCGACGGCGGCCAUGCGCGCUCCUGGCGUGGCUCCAGGACACCUGGCACGACGUGGGCAGCUACCUCAACGCGCAGGCGUGCAUCCUCCUCUUCCAGAAGCUCUUCUUCCGCGACGUCUUCCUCACGACGGCCUUCCUGGUCUGGGUCGGGAGGCGCGCCGUCGUGAGGAACCGCUGGCUGUUUGGCGUGCUCGCGUCCGCCGGCUUCGCGGACGGCGAGGUCGGCUCGAAGCUCCUGCGCGCCGCCGCGCAGUCGAGCUCGGCGUUCGCCGUCCACCUGGCCCUCGCCUCCCUCGUCUUCCCACUCGUCUUCUGGCGAUCCCCCGCGCUGCCGAUACCGGGCGACCGCCACCUGGCGGCGUGGGACGUCCUCGCGCCCCUCGCCCGCACCGCCGCCAACUGGCUCGGCGCGCGCAAGGGGAUGCGCGAGUGGCGCUCCCUCGCCGAAGACAACCCCGCGUUCUUCUGCGAGGCGGGGCCGGCCGAUUUGUUCUCGAUGUAUACCACCUUCAGCCACUACGCGGCCCUGAUCCUCGUCGUUCGUGAGCUUGCUCACACGUUCGACGGCUACCAGUCCCGCGCAGUGGAGGAGGCGGGAGAGGCCGUUGGGGCCGUCGAGGCCGAAGGCGGAGCCGAGCUGACAGCCUUCAAGAUCUGGGUGUACAGGGCCCGCUUCCUCUUUUGGGAGCUAUUGAUGCAGUUCGCAAUCAGCGUGGCCUUUGAGCUGAUCGCGGACGCGGCCGGCAGCCUUCAAUGCUGGUGUAUCCAAAGUGGGAUGAAGCUCCCGGAUCGCCUUCCUGCUUGGGUGCGUCGCUUGCCGUUUCUGGGUUGUUUUUUCAGUCUGCAUUUUGCGCUCCGUCAUCCAACUGUGAGCUGGGCAAUCGACCAGGUGCACAUGUGGGUGUUUCCGGAAGAACAUCAGCAUGAAGACGAGGAUGAUUGGGAUCAGGAUGACUGGGAGGGAAGUGAUUGGGACGAUGGUGACGAGGAUGAGAAUGACGAGGAAGGAGACGAGAGAGGCGAUGACAAUCGAGAAGGCGACGAUGAAGAAGACGACGAUGAAGAAGACGACGAUGAAGAAGACGACGACGGAGAAGACGACGACGACCAAGACAACACCAGCGACACGGACGAGGAAACGGACGACAGGAACGAAGACGAGGACGAACCCGACCACAUCUACAUCUACAAAGACGACUGCGGCUACGUCUUCGAAGUCAAGGACGGCGCCGUCUUCGAGCGCGAGACCCUCUUCACGUACGACGGCGAGUACAAGUACGAGUACAGGUACACGGACGACCGCCAGGAGGUGUCCGCGCACCAGCGCGCGACCGAGAACGAGUACAAGUUCCGCCACACUUGCAGGCGCAAAGCACAGGAGGACCGGGACGGUGGUGGCGGCGGCGGCGGCUGCGGCAGCUCGCACGACGAGAGACCGGAGGGGAGCGGGGAUGAGAGUCAGGACGAGUGA